UUUUCAUUUCGUUUCAGUCGUUAGCGCUGCCAAUCAACUAAAAUUUUGGUUUUGCCUUGACGUUUGCUCGCUCAACUGUGGAAACGUAAAUAAUAAAACAACAAACAAGAUAAAUAGAAAUGACAAGCAAGAAAACAUAAAUUAAAAACUUGUUAAUAAUAGACGGACAAGUGCUUGAUAAGAUAUUAAAGCAAACUAACCAGUCAAUAAAAACUUGUUUGCGAUAAACUAAAAUAGUUCAUUAUUAACUGCGGUGCAUAAAAAUGUUUGCUGUUCCCGGUCGUGCAUUGCAUUUCGUAUUUAAAAUUGGAAAUCGUGCAAAGAAUGCAUUCUUCUUCCGAAAUAUACUGGGCAUGGUGGUGCUGCGUCACGAGGAGUUCACGGAAGGUUGCCCCGCGCAAUGCAAUGGGCCCUAUGACAAUCGCUGGAGCAAGACGAUGAUUGGUUAUGGCCCAGAAUCGUCGCACUUUGUUUUUGAAUUAACCUACAACUACGGCGUCACCAGCUAUAAUAUAGGUAGAUAGUCUCACUCUCAUUAA